AUGUCUGAGUCAGGAGCUGGAGUUGUUAUGGGAGAUAUUGAGGUUGUCCAGGAUUUUGAGGAUGUCUUUCAGUCACUGAAGGGAUUACCACCAUCUCGGUCUGAUCCUUUCACGAUUGAGUUAGAGCUGGGGACAUCACCGAUAUCGAAGACGCCUUACAGGAUGGCGCCAGCUGAGUUGGCAGAGCUGAAGAAGCAGAUAGAGGACCUUUUGUCUAAGGGGUUCAUUCGACCGAGUGUUUCACCGUGGGGAGCACCGGUGUUGUUUGUGAAGAAGAAGGAUGGCAGUUUCAGACUUUGUAUCGAUUACAGAGGUCUUAACCGAGUCACUGUGAAGAACAGGUACCCACUCCCGAGGAUUGAUGAGUUGUUGGAUCAGUUGAGGGGUGCUACUUGGUUCUCCAAGAUUGACUUGGCAUCGGGUUAUCAUCAGAUCCCGAUAGAUGAGGCAGAUGUCAGGAAGACUGCUUUCAGGACGCGUUAUGGGCAUUUUGAGUUUGUGGUUAUGCCUUUGAGGGAGUUUCUGUGGAUCCGGCUAAGAUUGAGGCUAUCAGAGAUUGGCCUAGACCUAGUAGUGCCACCGAGAUCAGGAGUUUUCUGGGUUUGGCAGGAUACUACAGGAGCUGAGUGUGAGGAGAGCUUUAGUCAGCUCAAGGAGAUGUUGACUACUACACCAGUGUUGGCGUUACCCGAGCCAGGGAAGCCUUACAUGGUGUAUACAGAUGCUUCAGGCAUUGGUCUUGGUUGUGUGCUGAUGCAGGAGGGCAGAGUGAUAGCAUAUGCUUCGAGACAGUGGCAGGGCAGUGAGCGUAACCGUCCUACACAUGACUUAGAGUUGGGAGCAGUGAUCUUCGCGUUGAAGAUUUGGAGGUCUUACUUGCUGGGUGAGACAGUACAGGUCUUCAUAGAUCACAAGAGUUUGCAGCAUAUCUUCACUCAGCCGAUGAUGAACGCGAGACAGACGCGCUGGGUUGAGUUCUUGGCGGACUAUCAGGUGAACAUUAACUACCAUCCGGGCAAGGCUAACCUAGUGGCGGAUGAUGAUAAGAUUUUAUGGUGUGAUGAAAUGAUAUGA